AUGUCUGCCCCCCAAGCCCCCCAGGCCGCCCCCGCCCCCCUCGCCGCCCCCAUCCCCUCCGAGGACCAGGUCGCCAGGAAGUUCGACAACUGCGUUGCCGAUCUUCUCGUCAACGCUGGUCUCGGCUUUGGCGUUGGUGUCGUCGCUUCUGUCCUUCUCUUCCGACGACGAGGAUGGCCCGUUGCUCUUUCCACUGGCUUCGGUGCUGGUGUCGCUUACUCAAAUUGCAACUACUCUCUCAACCCCUACGUCCUCCCCGGCACCAAGGUCCUGCCCUCCCUCCCAUCCAACCGAUCCUAA